AUGCUUUCGCACACUCUUCUCGCGAGGGAAGUAGGCAAUCCUAAGGGCAAUUUGCAUGCCUAUUCCUACUUGGACUUCCAAACUGGGCUGUGUCGUGGAAGGAAGCUGGGCUAUGCGCAGUGGGUGUUUAAUGGUAAAAGGCCUCGCUUCCCAAAGCUGCGGUGGGCAUUGGGCGAUGGCACACCAGAUUUGCCAUCCCAGCACUCUGAAUCUCUCCAGGGCCAACCUACACCCGUCUGGGUAUUGAGCUUAACCCACAACACUGCCCCAGGCCCUGCAUUCUCCUUUGUUCCCCUUCUCCUCGCAAGGGCCGGGUCUUCUCUCAAUAUUAACACACAACCCCAGCAUACCCCCAGAUUCCUCUCGAUCAAUACCCACACCUGCAACUCAAUAGAGAUGAAGGUGCAAGAUGGAGAGCGGGAGUUGGAGUUGGAGUUCGAGCUGGAGCUGGAGCUGGAGCUGGAGCUGGAGCUGGAUCCGGAGCUAGAGCUGGAGCUUGAACCAGAACUAGAGCAGGAGCGGCAGCAACACAUUGUAGCUAUAUCUGAGAGAGACAAGGCUCUCUUCUGUUCUUAGGAUUAGCUGUAGCGGUGGUAAGUGAAGUAUGGAUUCGUUCGUCAGGUCAACGCUUCUGGAGCUUUGUGUCAGGUCGCUGUUCGCGGUUGUAGUUUUGAACCUUGAUAAAAAGGGUCAGUUUGAGCACAGAAAAG